CGCCUCAGCCCAAUUAUUUCGAGUUUCCCUCCAUCUCUCUUCUUCUUCUUCUUCUUCUUCUCUCUCUCUCCCUGUGUCUUCCGGCGGCAAGAGAAAAGGAAAAAGAAAACUCACGGAGAGAUCGAGAGAGGAAGCCAUUUCCGAGGUUAUCACUCCCAACAGAUCUCUCUGUCUGUCUGAGCUCGAAGGGAGAAAUGGAGGAAGUUAGAUACCUUUCCGGCGAAGGGAUUAUCGGCUAGUUAGACCAUCGGGGUAUCAGAUAUUUCACUCAGGUCUUGUCGCAGUUGUUGGGUCGAGGCGAAUUCAACAGAUAAUAAGGGAGUCCGGCAUAUUUCACAGAUUUGGUGGCCCAUUUGUUUUGUCGGAUGCCAUUUUCUUGAGAUAAUAAGAACGAGAAUGGCUAAUUACUAUGACGUUGAUGAUAUCAUUACGGAGGAAGAGAAUAUUUCAGUUAUAUUCCAAAAGGCAGUGAAUGGAGUCGGUAUAGAUCCUGGUUCUGAGAAGAAUUGUGUCGAACAGGGAUCAAAGGUAGAGCUCCCUUUCUGGCUUGCCUCUGAGUUGUGCCUGAGAAAUACAGUCGUGGCACAGGUUCCAGCAUGUUUCGAUGAGAAAACAAGGCUGGAAGUCCAGGCAGAUCCCGCCUGUGUAGAUCUGAGAUCACGAAGUCCUUAUUUCUAUGAAUUUGGCUGCAAGGUUGCCCCAGUUACGGGUGACAGGACCAUCGGGUUUUUGCUGUUCUCGGCAUUCAAGAGUCGGUACAAGGAAGUCCUAACCAAAGCCCACACGGCAGCAAAUGUUGCGAAUCCCAAAUUUCUCUCACGACUAACGAAAGAAGAAGUUCAUUUGUAUGAAGCAGCACAGUCGUCGAUGGCAGCUUUCAAGAAGUGGCGUAAAGGUGGCCCGAGGCUUCAGCCUGCAUCUGUUCUCAGGAUGAAGAGGAAAUCAACAAACUAAGAGAUCAAAUCCCAAGAGGAAAAUUUUACCCCGGAUCUUCACACCGAAUCACCUAUGUCGAGGUUCUUGUAGAAUCAGUCGGUCGAACGAAGCAUUGCCCGACUGCAAGACCCCCAUUCUCAGCUGGUUAUAGACUUUGGAUUAAGCUUUAUCCAAUAUGACUAUCCUCAGCUCGUUGCAACUCAAGUGCAACUUCUAGUGGCACACUGGCCAAGAUCCCCACUCGUACAUCAAUGUUUCCAAUGCUUUCAUAACCUGAUAAGACGGCUUGGUAAUCUUUGUAAAAUACUGAGAAUGUGGAUAUUCUUUACUAUUUAUAAUUUCACAACUAAUGCAUCUUAUUAGAGUCGAACUCAAUCCAUUAAAAUUAAGUUCCAAUAAGAAUACACGAUGAUAUUUUUCGUUGUCGUAUUAAUCAAAAUGCAACUACUACUAGUAUGCCCAUGAGAUAACGUUUGGAGGUGGCGUGUUACGAGUUGUGCAUUGAAUGGCAUGAGGGUCCAAUUGGGCAGUGAUGUUUGCCUUGCAUUUAUUUAUUCAUUUAUUUCUGGAAGAAGACUUGCAUUUAAAUUCCUUUUUUUUUUCCUGUCGUAAAAGAUAAGACCUACUCACCUAAAAAAUAUAUAAUACGCACUAAAUAAAUAAUUGGCUAAAUUGUCCUAUUUAUAUACAUAUAUAUAUAUAUAUAAUCAUAAUCCCAAUAUUUUCUUUUUCUUCUUCUUUUUCCCCCAUGUCAAAAUAUAUGUAGUUCAAAAGUAAAUUUCAAGUUCACCAAUCCUUGUCUUCAGUACUAUCAGUCCAUUUUGUUUGACAGCAAAAGAACCGGAAAUAGCUGUAAUCAGCCAAAAUAAAGAGGAAAAAGAAAUUAUUCAAUUGUCGGCAGGAUUAAUCUAUUAAUUUUUUAGGAUACAAACGAGGUCUAAAAUUCAGUAUAAUAAAAGAAAAUUUCUAAAUAAUUAAUAAAAUGGUACAAGUAAUUUUAUUAUAUAUCAAAUUUGCGAUUUUUACAUCAACAAGCGAGAUUUACGCUACUACAUUACGUUCUCUAUUAAGUAAGAGUAGUAAAUAAUCUGUUUGUAUCACCAUGCUACAAUUUUUUUUUUUUAUUGAGAGUAGUAAAUCCCGUUCUGCGAGAAUGUCCCCAUUUCUUUUUCUUUUUUUGGCAGCGUAGAGAAGACACUCGAAUAAAAAAAGUGGAUAAUUGCACCCGAGGUCCCUUAUCUUUAUCCUUUUCUUGAUUCGGACACAACUUCUUUUUCAAAAUUUUAAAUUGGGUCCUCCAGCCAAUAGCAGCAAACCACCUUAACCAAAACAAACGCAUUGGUUCGUUAAUUUUCAUUUGUUCCCUUAUUAUUAAUAAUCCAAAACUGGGUCCCUUCUUCUUCAUCAUCCUCUCCACCUAUCCAUCCAUCCUCUCUCUUUCUAGUUGAAGAUCAAGAUAUCACGACUCUCCAGAAAAAUCUGAUCUUCCGCCCAACAAUCCAAGCUUUCCCCGGCUUCUUGGGAGGUUUUCUUGGUGGGUUUUCCCCCGGAGACGC